AUGAGGCACGUAACACAAUGGCUUCGGAGUACUCAUUCCUUAGUGCCAAAUAAAACGAAACGCUCGCGUUCUGUUUGUGAGGCUUUUGGGCUUUGGGGACUCCAUAUCAUACCUACACAGACCUGGACUACUGUCCGAUCUAUUAGAUGGACACCACCGAGGGCUGGACAGUGGAAACUCAACGUCGACGGAGCAUCUCAAGGCAACCCAGGAUCAUCUGGAGGAGGCGGUAUCUUACGCGAUAGUACAGGAUGCAUUCUCUUUGCCUUUUCGAACUUUUAUAAUAUACAAACUAAUACUGUGGCAGAGGCUAUGGCAAUACGGGAUGGUUUGCUUCUUUGUGAGAAGCAAAAUAUUACUAAUAUUGUCUUAGAAUCUGAUUCCAAAGUGUUAGUGGACAUGUUACGUGCAGACUCUUGUCCUCAUUGGAGGCUCAAGAAUAUCUGGGCAGACAUCAUGCGAUGUCGAGGACGCAUCACAACCAUUACGCAUCAGUUCCGAGAAGGGAAUCAGACAGCCGACACCCUUGCUACGCAUGGAGUCAGAUCGUGUCGGAGGACAGUCUUCUCUUUUUGGCAGGACAUGCCAAGCCCGAGGUGCUCAUAG